CAUCUGUGUAACCUCAACUGACUCGAGAAAACCAUGUUUAGGUCACCAUGGCGAUCUCGGAGAUAAAUAAACACGGACCGCAGCUGCAACCUCGUCUCAUCUCACCAUCUCCAUCACCAUGGUCUCGCUUCAUAUUCCACGUAUCGCGCUUUUCGGCCUACUAUGGCUCAUCCAACUCACAUCGGCGAAAAGAUGUGUCAUGUACCUCACAGGCCAACACAACGUCGUCCCCGACGCGCCGCUCGUGCAAGACGUAACCCACGUCGCGCUGGCAUUCAUGCGAUCGGAUCUAUUUAAUCGCCAAAACGUGACCGAGUGGCCUCUUUUUACCGCAGUUGACAAUGUCCGAGCGAAGUUCUCGCCGAGGACUAAGAUCAUGGUCGCGAUUGGCGGAUGGGGCGACACGGAGGGGUUUUCGGCUGCGGCGGCGUCGGAGGAGAGUCGGGGGUUGUUUGCGAGAAAUGUUAGGGAUAUGCUUAAGGAUACGGGUGCCGAUGGCGUCGAUAUUGACUGGGAAUACCCCGGCGGCAACGGCGAAGACUACAAACGAAAUCCAAAUAGCGCCAAGGAAUGGGAAAUAGAGGCGUAUCCCAAACUCCUCUCCUCAAUCCGCACCGCAAUAGGUCCCAACAAACUCAUCUCGGCCGCAGUCCCCGGCCUCCCACGCGACAUGCUCGCCUUCACAUCUGACACAAUCCCCGCCAUCAGCGCCUCGCUGGAUUUCUUCAACGUAAUGACGUACGACCUCAUGAACCGCCGGGAUAACGUUACAAAACAUCACACGGGGAUCCAAGGCUCUCUUACCGCGGUCGACGCGUAUAUUGCGAACGGAGUCGAGGCUGACAAGGUAAAUCUCGGCUUCGCCUUCUACGUCAAAUGGGUCCGCACGGACCCCAACUCUGCUGGGGAAUGUGCUGCGCACCCGGUCGGGUGUAAAACCGUCCUCAUGGAAGACCCCAGCACAGGCGGCGAUCUCGGACAUGCCGGUGGGUUCUCGUGGCAUGACGCCGUCCCCGAGGAUCUAGAUCCGUCGUUUCAGCGCGCGUUGGAUCGUGGCGUGUAUGAUGAGCAGGGAGGCGGGUAUUAUUUUUGGGAUAAGCAGGAGAAUCUGUUUUGGACCUUUGAUACGGUCGAUGCGAUUCAGCGCAAGGUCCCCAUUGUUGUUGCAGGGAAGGGGCUCGGUGGUGUGUUUGCGUGGGGGCUUGGUGAGGAUGCGCCUGCUUUUGAGCAUCUCAGGGCGCUUACCGCAGUGUAUCAUGACUAUGGGGAUACGUUGCAGAGCAAAUGGAACCGAAACGGGACAGCAACUGCGAGAGGAGUGCAGAAGCAGGAGCUCUAGGCCAGCCAGAAGCUCCAUCACUAUGCUUCCGCGGCCUCGUCAAUAGGACUACCAAAUCCAGUUAUCCCUCAUCGACUCUUUCCAGGCGCAGCUGUGUGUGCUACCGGCGCGCAAAAGACCUGCCGCUCGCCACAUAGAAUCUCUCCAUUUCACGGUUCGGAAGGGUUCCAGCGGGGAGGAGAAGCUGGCGGCUGCGAUGAUUCUGCAGGAAGAACACUUGUUGAUUAGAUGACCUUUGCCUAGUAAAAAUAGAGACAUGAAUGAGUAGUGACUUGCAUUUUACCAGCAUCGCUGUCCCAGAACAGAUGCGAGAUGUGUGGCCAACGGUUGGAGACACCGCAGCGAGUCCAUUCACUGUCAAUACGUAAACCGCUCAAUUCGUUAGCUCUUCAAAGCCUUGUAGAUAA